UCACUAUCGUCCAUAAUCACCUUGGGGGAAAAGAAGAGGCUUCCUGAAACUCCUUUCGCCUACGUGCAGCUCAUUGCAUUCCGCGAGAUGAUACCGUGAUUGAUAUCAAACCAAAAUGGACGAUAUCAGGUCCAUCCCAACUCCUCCGCAUUGCACAGCGGACUUCUGCUUGAUUCCUAUUGGCACCUCAUCUCCAUCCGUGUCUGCCCAGAUCGCCGACGUCCAGCGUCUAGUUGAAAAAUCGGGCCUCAAGUUCGUCAUGCACUCCGCUGGAACAACCCUUGAGGGUCCCUGGGAUGAAGUUCAUCAUGUAAUCGGCCAGGCGCACACGAUCCUCCACCAGCAAGGGAUCGUGCGAAUCCAGACCGAUAUUCGAGUUGGGUCAAGGACCGAUAAAGAGCAGUCUUUCGAGGACAAGGUCAACAAGGUUCGUUCCCUGCUAGGGAAGCAGUGAGCUCCAUGUCGUCGAGUGCUUUUGCUGUGCAACUAGAAAAUCCGAUCCCCAAGUGGCAUGUUGCCAACGCCCCUCUGGGCAUGGAAGACAGCUAAUAGACAAAUGAACAAGGGGUAAUUUCAUAUACAUAGAUACAGCGAUUGCGAGUCAAAAGUCACCAUAGAAACGCCGGCUUGAUGCAUAGUUACAUGCCAGUCAUGAAGCAAAUGAGUGUCA